GGUGCAGUCGCAAGACUAUAAUGAAGUACAUUUUAAAGUGCGCACUUGAGGGGUACCUACCUCAAUGUUUAUUUAUCCCUCGAAGAUAAAACUUUUCAAGCCGUGAUUUUCUUAAUUUACGUUACACACAUUCGUCAGAUGCUUGGAUAUUAGGGCAUGUUCAGUCGACUCACCAAAGACAUUGAUGAUCAGUGAAUACACAAACCGUUUCUGCUUACGGUGCUCUUCAUCUGUCAGUUUUAAGACAGUUUGUGAGUGUUUGGAAGCAGAUUGCCGUGUGUUGUGAAAUCAAGAACGUGUUUGAAAGAUGACAAAAUGGAUGCUAUUGGUUAUUGUGUGCUUACUGUUGGGAGCCGUCGUACCAGAGGUCCUUGAGGUGUAUGACUUUGGAAUUGACAGUGAAGGUCACGUGAUGGAGGGAUACUUAUUUACGGAUCUCCAGUUCGGGGACAGAGUGAAUGUGAACUUGGGGGAGGGAGAAACGCCCACAGAGAACGGAAGAGAUGUGAAGUAUAUCCGUCUCACUAUUCGAAAAUCCAAAAGUAAUGUGAGUCCACCCUCUUACAUGGUGUUUGAUACCGAGCACUUCUCCAUCAACAGGGAUGACUAUCUGGUAGUGGACACUAACGAUACCGCGCUCCUCAAACAGGAAAAGGAAAUCAGGUUCUACGUUGUACUAAUCAACAAACAAGGUCGUGCUGUUUCAAACCCUCUUCCAUUCAUCGUUCGUAUUGAGAAGGAGACUUUGACAUCUUCAGACUAUUCUCUUCAUUCCGCCGUGUUUGCCGGGGUUUUGGUUUUGAUCAUUGUUCUGCUAGCAUUAGGAAUCCCGUUUGUGGUGAGAGCGAAGAGGAGAUUCAGACAAGGAAAACCCGUCAUGAAACUAGGCAGUCAUCCGGGUUCUAGCCCGGAUCUGAAGACCGCUGGUAUGGUGGCAUACUCCGUGGAGGACAUUCCAGGGAUGACCAGACAGACAAGCGAACCCAACUGGUACGGAGAAAAUAAAAUCCUUUCCUACGAGCAGGAAGUAAAAACAGAGAAAGUCGCUUUCACGAGGGACAUAAAACAGUUAGAAAGGCAGAUUUCACAGAGGCACAGCAAAACAUCCGCAAUGAACGAUGAUGACGGACUAGUGAAAUACACAAAGACCCAGAACAGAGGGAUUUUGAAGAAUGGCGACACUAGUUCUAACGAGAAUGGACACGUGUCCGUCACGGUUGAUGUGUGCGGACCGUCCAAUAAAGAACAAUCACGGCUAUAAUGUUGCUAUGAUGCAUUUCACCAAAGAUUUACAUCAGUUUUCAUGAAUGAUUUUAAAUGUCUGUCUCUGCGCUAUGAUUCAGUAAAUGAUCAUUAUGCCGGUAGUAAAUGCAACAUUAUAUACACUGGGUAUGUUUCAUAAUUAUGUAUUUUGAAUUAUGUUUAUUUAUAGUUUUAUACAAUUAUAUGUAAAUAAUAACGAA